AUGCUUUCCGAAGAACAGAUUCGUCUCUUUCAUGAGAAUGGCUACUUGAUACUUCGCGAUGUUCUCUCGGCGGAUGAAGAGAAGGACCUCCAGAAAUGGGCGCAAGAAGUCCAUGACUGGCCGACAGAUGAGCACAGCCCUUGGAUGCCGUAUGAGGAGAUCAAUGCCCAGGGCGAGACAGUGCUCUGCCGGACGGAGAAUUAUGCAAACUCCCACGAAGGACUCAAUAACCUCCUCCGUGGACAGAAGCUGCUCCGGCUGCUCGAGCUGCUGUCUGGCGAGGAGAUGUUGCUUUUCAAGGAGAAGAUCAACUACAAGCUUGCAGGAAGCGGCGGUUUUGCUCCCCAUGUCGACUCCACGGCGUACACCCACAUCAAGAAGAUCAAACACCUUGCUAUUCUGCUGGCGGUCGACCCAUCGAAUAUGACGAAUGGUGGGUUGGAAGUCGUGAAAGGAAGCCACGAGAUGGAGGUUCCGAUCGGACAAGAUAACUGCAUUGAGCCGGAAUGGGCGAAGCAGCAGACCUGGACGCCCGUUGAGCUUGCAGCUGGCGAAGCUCUCGUCUUUGGAUCGUACCUUGCCCAUCGAAGCGGUGCAAACUACAGUGGUCUGGAUCGGAAAGCGCUUUAUGCCACUUACAAUUGCGCUAGAGAGGGUGAUCUGCAUGACGAGUAUUACGCGCACAGAAAGGUGAUAUGGCCACCAGUGCAACUCAGAAAGCAAGGCGAAACUUACCAGGAAGGCGCGCUGAGAUAUGGGUACGGCAGUCCCAUGCUGAGCGUCGAUGCUGGAAAGCAGCUUGUGUUCGAUGAGGAGGUAUCGCCCUCGAAAUUAGCGGCUUCGCAGGCCACUUCUCAGAUCUUCGCCAUUCUCAAUACGCACGGGCAGAGUGAUUACAUAGGGGAACCGAUAUCGCAGAUUGAACACUCACUCCAAUGUGCUUACCUUGCUGUGCAAAGCUCAGCAGAUCCCCAGACAAUAGCUGCCGCUUUACUUCAUGACAUCGGGCAAAUCAUCCCAGAAGCCAACGCCGAAAAGCUACUGGGAGCAAAAGUACAGAACAUGCACCAGGACGUCGGUAUGCGUCUUGACUCGAAGUGGUCUGAUAGUGUGGGCCGGGUGGCACAUGAAAGCCUGGGUGCCCAGUAUCUGCUCGCGUUGGGAUUUCCGGCAAAGGUGGCCGAGCUGGUGGAAGCUCAUGUGCCGGCAAAGAGGUAUCUCUGUGCGACGGAGUUGGGCUAUUACGACACGCUGAGUGAUGCGAGCAAGGAGAGCUUGCGGUUUCAAGGAGGGCCGAUGAGCUCAGAAGAAGUCCGGCUAUGGCAGGAAGGUAGGUGGCCAGCGGAAAAGGCGAACCUGAGAAGGUGGGACGAUGGAGCCAAAGUGGUUGGGCUGGAGGUGCCCGGUCUCGAGACUUAUCGACACAUUCUGGAGGAGGUUUUGAGUCAGUAA